AGCUAAAGGGAGGGAACAACACAGAGGGAUCCAAUGUCACCAUUAGAUUAAGGAAUAAAUUGCAUGAAGAUACAGAUUUGCAAAACAGAAACGUCGACAGAGGGAAAAAACGAACGGAAGACAUAAGAGAGGCAGCUAAAUGAAUAACGUUUCUAGUCGUGCCCGGCAAGCUGCUUAUUCGGCGUAAAAAAUUUCAAACAGACCUCUCAGUCUGCAACUUAAGACCUGGUUACGGUCUUUUUAACCCCGGACAACUGGAACAAGUGAAGAUACGGAAGAAAGGAUGCUAAAACUGAGAAGAAAGGGAUAGACCUUUAAUGGAGUGAGUGCAUGAAUAGAGAGAGAGAGGUGCUUCCCCGCUGCACGUGUCGCUUGGUUGAACAGACUGUUUUGUUUAGGGAAUAAAAGUAAUUUGGUAACAAGAGCUUUGCUAAAUAAUAGAAAUGCUUAUUUACCAGGAAAAUCAUUUUUGACAUUAGACCUGUAACACCCAUAUAUAUGACGAGAAUAAUUUAUUUGAGUAACAAGGAUAGCAGGGGUGCAACUUAGGUGAUAUAGCUGUUAUAAAUAUAUAGAUAUAUUUUUUGUAGGCUAGUAUUUUGUAUCACUAAAGGAACUGAGCUACGCACUAUAGCACAGUUGUGUUAUUUUGAACUGACCUGUAUUGUAGCAAAACACAUUGCAUUAUUCAUAACUGUAGCCAUUUUAUAUAUAGAGAACAAAAUCUUGGGUUUCUGCACAGUCACUCGGACCCACGCGACGAGGAUCCCUCUGUUCAGUCAGAAAACGUAGUAAAUUCCACGUAGCAUUUUUGUCCAGUGAGUGUGUUCAUAUGUGUGUGUGUGACGCGCACACUGCACGCACGAGAACAGAGCCAGACCCAAAGCGAGCUCCUCCUCCCCACCCCCUCCCCGCUCGGCUCUCUCUCCUCCUCUCCCUCCCCCUGCUCCUCUAUGCUCAGUUCGGUUUGUGUCUCCUCUUUCAAAGGGCGCAAGGGUGGGAACAAGUCGUCCAACAAAGCAUGUUACAGCGCAGACAUGACUUGUUCGUCAGACAGCGAGAAAAUAGUGAUAAACUGCGGGGGGAUUCGGCACGAGACGUACCGCAGCACACUGAAGACGCUGCCCGGGACCCGGUUGUCCUGGCUCACGGAGCCAGAUGCGUUCAGUAACUUUGACUAUGACCCCAAAUCCGACGAGUUUUUCUUUGACCGUCACCCCAAAACCUUUGCUUUCAUCCUCAACUAUUACCGCACAGGGAAGUUGCAUUGUCCCAACGAUGUCUGCGGUCCUCUCUUUGAGGAGGAGCUUGCGUUCUGGGGUAUCGACGAGACGGACGUGGAGGCUUGCUGCUGGAUGAACUACCGACAGCAUCGGGACGCCGAGGAAGCGCUGGACAGCUUCGAGGCGCCCGAGCCGGACCUGCCAGACGACGACCCGGCGCUAACGGGUGGAGCGGACGGGGACUUGAAGAGGUUGUGUCUGCAGGAGGAUGGCCGCAACCGCAGCUGGUGGAGUAUCUGGCAGCCCCGCAUCUGGGCGCUGUUUGAGGACCCCUACUCUUCCAAAUACGCCAGGUAUGCGGCGUUCGGCUCGCUCCUGUUCAUCCUCAUCUCCAUCUCAACAUUUUGCUUGGAGACACACGAGGCCUUCAACACCAUCUACAAUAAGACAGAGAAUGUGACGGUGGGGAACGUCACUCGGGAGGAGAUUGUGUAUGAGGUAGUGACUGACAGGUGGCUGACCUACGUGGAGGGCGUAUGUGUCAUCUGGUUCACCAUCGAGGUGUUUGCCCGCGUCAUCUUCUGCCCGGACAAGGCUGAGUUCUUCAAGAGCUCGCUGAACAUCAUCGACUUUGUAGCCAUCCUGCCCUUUUACCUGGAGAUGGCGCUGAGCGGCCUCUCUUCUAAAGCGGCAAAAGACGUGCUGGGCUUUUUGCGUGUGGUGCGAUUCGUCCGAAUCCUGCGAAUCUUCAAGCUCACGCGUCAUUUCGUGGGGCUGAGAGUGCUGGGUCACACGCUCCGUGCCAGCACCAAUGAAUUCUUGCUCCUCAUCAUCUUCCUCGCUCUGGGGGUGCUCAUCUUCGCCACCAUGAUCUACUACGCUGAGCGCAUCGGCGCCGACCCGGCCGACCCGACGGCUAGCAAACACACCACCUUCAAAAACAUCCCCAUCGGCUUCUGGUGGGCAGUGGUCACAAUGACAACACUGGGCUAUGGUGACAUGUAUCCAGAGACAUGGUCUGGUAUGUUAGUGGGUGCCCUGUGUGCCCUGGCGGGCGUGCUGACCAUCGCCAUGCCUGUGCCCGUCAUUGUAAACAACUUCGGCAUGUACUACUCUCUGGCAAUGGCCAAGCAGAAGCUGCCCAAGAAGAAGAACAAGCACAUCCCGCGGGCUCCGCAGCCUGGAUCGCCCAACUACUGCAAGCCAGAUGCCUUGGCCAUGGCCACUGCCUCGCCACAGAGGAUCAUGGGUAAUGUGCUGGGCAAUAUGGUGGUCUCUGGAAGCAUGGCAGGAGACUGUCCUCUUGCACAGGAGGAAAUCAUAGAGAUUAACAGAGCAGACUCAAAACAGAAUGGAGAUGCUGCAAACGCAGCUCUGGCUAAUGAGGACUGUCCCACCAUAGAUCAGGUGCUGGGGCCAGAUGACAGGAGUCCGGCCACCGGUGGGAUGGGGACGUGCACAGGGCGUGAACGUUACCCCCAUGAUAGGGCCUGCUUCCUUCUCAGUACCGGAGAGUUCCGCACCACAGACAGCAAUGUCAGGAAAGCUGCUGGUUACGAGAAGUCCCGCAGCCUCAAUAACAUAUCGGGGAUGACAGGGGCCCCCCUGCGCCUGACCCCCAUCACCCCCAUCAACAACCCACCCUACGAGCCCUACGAAACCCCCGGCCCCCUGCGCCGCUGCCGAUCCCCCAUACCCUCCAUUCUGUAGCACAUCUUAGGGAACGACGACAAAAUACGCACCAUCACAUCGCAGUAGUAUUAAUAAACACAAUAACGAUGCUAAGUAUUCACACCUCUGCUCCUCCAUUGACUGGACAGGGUGGGGGUACACAGCACUCUUUUUAAUAUGUCAUGCCUCAAAGGGACUGGGAUGAAUUUGUUUAGGGAUUUAGAGCUUUAAGUACUAAAAUGACUUCAUCGCAUAUAAUUCAGGCAAUAUUUCAGACAGGCAACUAAAAACAAUUAUAUGCUGUAACGUAAGCGGAUUAUGCCUUAUCAAAGAUGAAAAAAAGAAGCACUGAGUAUUAUAAGGAUAAAACUCCUCACUGGUCCAUAGACAGCGACGAGCACCCUGUAGGAAAUCUACCCCUGUAGUUGAAUGAUAGUAGUUAACUUUUUCUCAUGUUCCUGCCUGAUUGCUGGUUGUAUAUAACAAAAGAAAAAGAAAAAAACACGAGACUGUGAUCCAGCAGGCUUAUUCAUUGAGUACUAGUCACUGAGAUCAGCUAUGAUACACCAUAAUAGGCCUUGAAAAUCCACUUCAUAUCAAAGCUUGGAAUGAUAAAGGUCAUAGGUCACAGACAACAUGCAAGUAGUUCAAGUGCAUGCUAGAAAAGACGUCAGUUAGGCAAGUAGAAUAUAUCUAAACUCCCAAUCCCCUUUAACUGCUAUGAAGAUAUGAAAAUAAACGCACCAUAUGCUGGACUGAUUUGAACUUCUAAUUAAGCCCUGCAGUAGAGAAUUAACGGAUUGGAUCAUUUCGGCUGAUUUGACUGUGAUGAAGGAGUUUAUGGUGAUUCGGGCCGUAGAACAUGAUGAGUAUUAUGAUUAUGAUAAACACAAGGACCGUCUUUAAUAACACACUAAGCAUUUCCUACAGGAACAUUUGUUGUCACCUGAUAUUUUAAAAUAGAAGUAACGCCGCAGUUAUUAAUCAUGCUCUUUAUUUUGGACAAAGAAAAACGCUUAAACCAUUCUUGUGCAAUAUCAACUAUUAUGAUGACCUCUGACCCUGAGAAGCUGGAGAUAAAUCCUGCAAACUUUAACGUUAACUGUUGUAAACUAACAUAGAGACCGAGAACUGAUCAUUAUUUAAAAAAGAAGCUAUUUUUGUACUAAGCAUUUGGACGGUGCGAUUCGGAUGGGGGUUUGGAGUUGACAUUGUGGGAGGACAGGAUAUCGUGCUGUUGCAUGGAUAUUAAUCUACAGUUAACGUUUUUGCUUUUUUAUAUUUUGACUCUCUGCAUAUUCAACACCAAGUACCACGAAAUGAAAAGAGCAGUGGUCUGGACAAAUGACGAAAAAAAUAAAAUAAAUAAAUAAGGAGGAGCCAUUCCUAUUAAGGGCCUAUAACCUUCUGCACUUCUUCGGGACCCUUUUCAUUUUGUAUACUAGUGCAUGAAGGAACUGUCUUUAAAAUAUAUCCUUUGCUUAUUAUGGUAUUUCCUCAUUAAUAUGAAGACAUAUCAAGCUGAACUGCACUCCUCACUGCAUAUCCGCAUAUAUCCCGGGGCUGUGGUGAACCAGACAGUGGCCUCAAAGUUUCCCUACAAAGGGCAAGAAUUAGCUGGACCUUUUCAUCAUCCUCAUCAUCAUCACUGGCAUUACCCUCCCUCGUCAUAAUCAUUUUCUGAUUACUGUUAUUCCUAUAAUUUGAAUGCAGUAGAAAAUCAGUUCAGUUUGUUUUCUCUUUGGUCCUCUUCUUUUCUUUCUCUGUUUUUUAUUUUUAUUUUUUUUAUGUUUUUAUUUUUACCUGCUCUGUCUCUUGGAUGCUGACCUUCGUUUCCGAUAUAAAGGAGGGAACAUUGAGUGGAUGCUGGAUUGACAGCGGUCAGUAAGAGAAGAAAAAGAAAAGAUGACAAAAUGAACUCUCUGAAAUAUAUGAGCCAUAUUAGCGACGAUCUGCUGCAUAUUUGCGUGCACAGAUGCAAUGCACACCUCUGCUGAAGAUAUCUCUGCAAUGGCAGCUCACAAAGCUUAUUGUCUAUUUCUCCAUGUGAAACAACAGAAAAACUGGGGUAUAAAUGACAAAACUUUGUCAGAAAGCAAAGUAGCAUUAUUUAUUUAGAUGAUUUCAUUGUCUUGCAACUGAAAUAUUUCACUUACACAUAUUUCAUAUUUAAAUACAAUUCAUCUGUAAUCAUUCUUCUGAAUUAAGCAAUAUAUUUAUUUUACUGUUUAUUUAUUUGCAUUUAGGUUUUUUAUUUUCAUGUUUUUGCUAUUGCCACAUUACUUGUUACACUCCUCUUUCCCUCCUCUCUUCUUUCCUGUUUAAAGAAGUUCACUGCUAGAGUGAAGAAAGCCAUGGAGGUUGUUGAUUACAUGGAGCAUCUGCAUGGCAGCAGCAAACUAAUGUGUGGCACCGUGCUUUAAUGAGUAAAACACCAAUCAUCAUUCGCCUGCAUGCAAGUGUGCUGCACUGCUUGAUGUACAUGCUUCAUAUAUACACUGAAGACAUCAGGACAUUGAGCAGGGACCAUCUAGUAGAUUUAUGCUACGCCACAUGUGUGUUCAGUGUUUUUAGGGAGAUUCUCCCUUUUUUUUUUUUUUUUUGGUUUGAACCAGCAGGUUAUUUAGCCAUUCAAAGACAAAAUGCAGUAACUAAACCACACAAUUUGUAGUGAAUCUGAGCAUAGUUGAGUCAAACCCAUCCAACACAGAAGUUCUAUAUAGUUAUUAUGGUUUAAGAGAGCUGAUUGUGCUCAUAACUUAAUUUUGAAAAUAUGCAUUUACUGCAUUUUGUCUUUGCACGGCGGAAUUGUUUGAAGCAAAUGAUCCAUCAUAGAUUUCUAAUUGUUUUAAUAGGUGGCUAUUAAAAAUGUAUGUUACGAGGUACCUUGUUAAACAAACAAGUGCAAGUGUGCAUUAUUUAUAAUUUUAAAUUCAGACAAAUGACCUGUUCUAUUUAGAAGGAGAGAAAGAGGAAAACUAAAAUGUCUGUAUGAUUCAGGUCCAGCCAAAACAUUGUUUUAUUUCUCACCUUGUGUCUCCUCCAUGUCCUUCUUCUCCUCUUCAUCUCUCUUUUUUUCUUUCUGUGUUUUUAAUGCUCUUUAUAAGGGUGUAUAGUUCAGGUCUUAAUGAUAUGUGCAGUUUUGAAUGAUGACUUUGUAAUUUCCACAUGCAUGGAUUUCUAUUGCGAGCAAUAAGGAAAUUAUAAGUCUAUGUGUUUUGAUAAGAAAAUGUAUUUUAACAUAAAGGUUUAUGAACAUGUUUGUUGAUACGAGUGUGUACAUAUGGAUGUGCAUAUUCAUAUGCACAUGCAUAUUAAUGAUUUGCAUGAAACAAAUGUACAAACCUUUUUCCAUUGAUGUUUUGUUACCAAUCUGUCAUUUUUGACUUGAUUGUUGUGGGGGGCGGGGCUUAGUUUUGCAUGCUAAGACGCUAUUGGGUGGCAGAGACCAUUACAACUGUUGUACUGAAUGUGGGGUUUUGAAUGUGCUUUAACUAUGUACCUGUUUAAGUUUUCUUUUCCUUGUUAGACAUCAAAAGCAUUGCAGAUUGUCAUUAUAUGAUUUAUUCUUUUUCAUCUUUUCACAGAGAACUAUUCUGAAAGCCCAGUGCUUAUCAGAUAUAUGCAAAACGAAGCAGUAACUGUGAACUAAGACUAGAACAGAAAAUCCACUUCUUCCUUCACAAAUACAUUCCCAAAAUGCACACCUGAGCCCCCAAACCUGUAUCAGCUCCCGUACAAGUCCAUUUUAGUUUGUAUUCUCAUCUCAUGACAUCAUGCAUCUUGUUUAACAGUCCUAGUUUUGCAUUAUUAAUGAGCAAUUUAGUUGUUCUCUUCCCCUUUUCUGUUGUGUUAUCCUCAGCUCUAGCCCCCUCUGCUGGUUUUUACGGGGGAUGAACUAAUGUAGCAUUCGCUGUUGUAGAUCAUUAGCACUCUUUGGUCACUUUAGAGUCUAAGAAUACAAAGCCCUUUAUGUUUAGCCCUUAAUGUUUUCCUGUUAUAUUUAAGAUUAAAGGAAAGAUUCUUUAGGCAUUUAUUUGAACAGACUCCGAAGGAUUGAUUUCCUGUUCUCUCUUGUGUCACUAAACACUGAUCAGAGCAGAGAGAAAGAAGCUAAUGCUAAGAAGUCUGUUCACUGCAGCAAUGCAUGUUUCCACACAUUCAAGAUAGCUAGCACUUAGCAUCCUAGUGCAUUUUGUGGUUUUGCUGUGUAAAGUCUAUCUGCAAAGGUGUAAUCAGAGUGGAUGGGAUGACUCCACUUUUAUCCCUUUAUCUCAGUUCUGAAGUUAUAAUGCGAAAGUGACAGCCCUGCCACAUGUUAGCUUAGUUGGCGAAUGCCCUGGUAAGCAGAGGCUGCAUGCGAUCAUGGAGGACAAUGUAAAUAGUUCUCCUGUACACAGACUGCAUGUGGAGUAAACAGCACAGAAACUAUUGUUUGAUUCAAAUGUGGCAUUUGAAACGGGGAGAGCAGGUCGAGUUUAAAUUGUUUAGCGACAUUAUCCAGAAUCCUCUCUGUUUCUGACUUAAGCUCCCUGUCACUACUCAGGUAAAUCUCUUUUUGUCCGUCUAUACCAGUGCUUCCAAAAUGAUGUCAUUCGAAAAAACAAAGAGAGAGGCAGAUGGGAACACCCCGUGUACGCAUACAUCUGUGUAAAUACGAAAUAAUCAUUUUUGACCCCAACACUCAUUCCAAGUCUUCCUUUUCCACAAUGUCCUUCACAUCCUUCAUUUCAUUUGUCACUUUCAUUUAUUCCCUUACUGCUUCCAAAUAACAACCAAAAAGCCCGGAUGACAUUAUGAGAAACUGAGGGAAAAAGAAUGAGUGAUUUGUUUAAAAAAAACAAAAAAAACUUUUCAAACAUGGUCUGCCAUAAGUGGAUUACACACACACAGAGAAAAUCCUGUAUGUGGAAUCCGGACGCAACCAAAUUCAGGAGAUGAAAGCGUCAGGGUCAGAUGGACAGAUUGUGUGUUUGGGGAACAGAGUUUUGGGAGGAUUGUCAACAAAUGAAGAAAAGGCGUCGUGAAAUGGAGGACAGUUUGGGGAAGAAAGAAAAAAAGAAAAGAGAGGAGGAAGGGAGCUGAACGCUUCUCAGUUGCUGAGCUUCUGAACUGCCCAUUUUCUAAAGCUCCCCAACCGCAAAACCUGUCCGGAGGCAACCCCCAGAGUCACCACAGGAUAAGAGAUGGCGAAAGAGAGAAAACGAGAGAUGAAAGGAGUGCUUCGCUAAACCAACUGGAAGAAAACAUUGUAACGCUCAUCUCUCCACUGCUAAUUUUAACCCCCGCAAUAAACUGACAAUAUCACGUCCUUGGAGGAUGCAAACACAUUCUCUUCCACUGGCCUUGGAAAACGGGGAGGAUCAGCAUACAAACUGUAGUAUGUCCUGGCUCAACCCUUCCUUAUGGAAAUGGAUGCAAUUUUGAAGUGAUGAGAACUAUUUUUGAGGGCGUUCCACCAUGAUAAAUGCACACCUGAAAGUGGACAAAAACCCUCAAUCCAGUCUCAGAUACACGGAAACACCCAUCAUGCCCUUCAACGCUAUGCAAUUCAGCCACACGUUAACAGUCAAAUUCAUGAACGCUUCAAUCAAACGGUUUAUCAGCCAAACUUUUACCGCUUCUUUACCUUUUGGAGAUCUUGCACGUGCUUUAAAUGAAAAUAGACAGUGGCGUCAUUGGCCUGCCAUAUCCCUAUAUUCUACUGUUUCCCCAUUCAUCCAAUUGGAAAUCUUGUUCAGAGUGUCCUUCUCAGGGCUCACAGAAAGAGGACUUUGUCAGCUAUGGAGAGAAGAGCGUUAGCCUCUCUCUUUUCUCUCUCUCUUAGUUUAGUUCUCUGCAUCUCAGCAUUUCUGUUCCACUGUAGAUGAACUGCAUGGCAUGAAUGGAAAAAAACAAAACUCCUGCUGAGAGGAACAAGAGGAAACCAUAGACAGGACUGCUCUGUUUGCACAGUUUAAUAGGGGUGACUCUGGAUCAGUGGAUGGGGUCACUUUUUUCACCUUCAUGUGAGGAACAGAAAAUACAACAUAAGUGCAUGAUACCUGUUGAAGGACAGAGGGGUUUUUAAGUGGACUGGGUGAACUUUAAACAAAAGCUGAAGAAAAAAAAAGAGAAAACUAAAAUUGCAUUUUUCUCACUUUGUUUACCAGCAUGACUAAACUGCAUGACUUCUGCAAGCCCUGAAUCCCAAAUUAGAAGGCUUGAAAUCACUAAACACCAAAAUCAAAUGGAAACAAUAAAAGUUUAUGCUAAAUGCUACUAAAUUUAGAAAAAAAAAUAAUAUAUAUAUAAAAAGAGAGGCUCUAUAUUUUGUUUUUGAAUAAUAAUAAUUUAAAAAAAAAAUAAUAAUGUAAAAAUAUAUAGGAUUGCAAGAUUGACCGUUUUGUUGGAUAAAAGAUGAACAAACCCCACUGAGUCUAGCUGAAUGAUGAGACGAACUCCUUCAACUACUACUGCUCCCUCAAUGGCUUCAAGUGACAUUUCUUCCCUUCUCUAUGUCAUCCGUUUCACCCUUUACUUGAACUUCUCUGGCUCUCUGCUCUGCCCUUCACAAUCUCCCUCAGUCAUGGCAGCCUCCAGCAGAGGCGCAACAGUCUAUAGGGCUCUUGUCUUUUGAUGGUUAUGGGUCUGAAGAGUAAGUUUGAAGGGCAUUUUAAGGUUGUGGGUGAAGUUUUCUUUAUUGGCUGAGUCCUGAUUGAAAGUUUUGGGUUGAUUUGCGAUGUUGGUUCCUUUCAUUUCAUCCACAUUCUGUGGGUAAAUCAAAGCUUUAUCCAUCGAAAGUGAGCCUGUGUCCACUUAAUAUCAAUCUAAUGAAUAUCAUUGUGUGAACUGCUGUGUCUUGAGACCCUGAGCACUUACAUCACAAAGCACUAUUUUUCAAGCAAUGUGAGAGUAGCGCCACCAUAUGAGCUCAAAGGUGCUCAGGAGACCAUGCUUUCAGAUUCAGAAAGCUGAACAUGGUUUUGUAGUUGUGUCGAGUUUUGACAUUAGCAUUCAUUUUAUUCUGGAGUUUAUUUUCCGGUGGUACAGAGCAUUGAAAGGCUUUGACAAGAUUUUGUUUCAAUCAUUUAAUGUUGUUUUAUUUGGAAAAUUUCGAGAUUUGCAGAUGCUGAGCACCCACUAAAACCAGCCAUGCCAUACCAAAACAGACUUCCUUAUGAACUUAGCAGCAGAUUUCUAAUGUUAGCAUCAGUAUUAGCAUUGUGUGAGAGGAGACCAUGAUUCCACCAAUGUCGCUUUAAAAUCAUAGAUUACACAUGUAAGUAACUGUUUGUUAAACAGCCUUUGGUGUCUUCUUCAACAAGAUACGAGGUUACUUUUCAAAAGUUGGUUAGUCUGGUUAGGCGUUUUAAGGUAUGUUUCAAUUGAUUUAAAGUGUCAUUUGCUGUCUUAAAACACCAUGACUCAUCGUUAAAAAUCAGAUGUAAGCUUAGUUAAGUAACUUCCUAUGCAACACCUAAUCAAGACCUUAGCAGCUCACACACACACACACACAUGCCAUGUGCCCAGGCCAGCGGGCUGGUGUCUGUUUACCUGUGCUGUGUGUCCAGGGAGAAAAACGACACCGAUGCCGCUCCAUCACCACAAGAGCCAGCAUUAUCUACUGACCGUGUAGUUUUAAUUUAAACGUUAGCAGCUGGUCCAAGUAGCUUGAAGGUACGACAAAGUUUUGCAGCUGUAGUAGCCAUGCCCAGACACUCACGCACUUUCCGAGUUAACAUUUAUGUUUAUAUGUAAGCAUAUACUCAUCUUCGAGGGUCUGUAUGACAUCUAUGUUACAAAAACUUGUUUGUUACGUGAUACUCAGUUCCAGAUUGCAAUGCAUUUGCUGACUGGUUAAGAUGACAUGUACCUCUCUGGUUGUUCAUAAAGUCCGAUCGGAUGGUGUUUUGCAGCAAUAAUGACGGAGGGCCACCUUUUUCUCAUUAUCUUCAUUAUGAAUUGGGGGACAUGCUCAUCUCAUCCCUAAUUAGAAAUCCAGUGUGCCUGAAACUGUUCCCUGAAUGUGUACACAAACCGGCCACAUCAAUUGAAGAUGCUCUCUCUGCGAAUGCUUCCCGUGAGAGCUUGUCUUAGCGUGCAUGAGACCGCAACCCCUCCAGAUGGCUGACAGCUCAACAUACCUUUACUUGAAACCCAAAUACAAAACAUAUCAGAGAGGAGCAGAACAAAGCCAGAAUCAGUCUUCACGCUUUCUCAACUUCCUGUUUGCAUCCCCUCCCCCCUCUCAUCUGUUCCCUCUCCUUCUAUAUUUUUGAGGACGAAACUUUUUUGCAUCCCUUGUUCUUGUGUUUUUCUAUCAUAUUGUUUGAAGUUGAAUUAUAAUGCAUGCAUGGAAUACAAUGAGGACGUAACUUGUGAAUCAUUUGUGAAUGGCCAGAAUGAGGUGACCAUCUCUUUCACCUGGGCUCUCUACUCUGCGACUUCUCUUUCCGAGACAAUUAGAGAGAAAAGAAAGAGCAUAUUGUUUCUGGUUUCUCUCACAUCCCUUUCUCUUCCAAAUGUAGCCAUGCCAAAUAUAAGUUAUGGCUAUACGCUAGCCAUUCUGAAAGACUCUAUGUUUAAUUUACAUAUUUAUAUAUUGUUUUAAAGAUGUUAUUUAUCUGUAUAUAUUUGUAGUAAAUAUUUAUUAGAGCUUCCACAGACUCAGAGCUGAACAGAUGCAGCAGAUGUCGACAAAACAGCCUGCAGGAACUCAGUUUUCACUGCGUGUGGCUGUGUAUUUGUUAUAGUAUAGUUUGACCCAAGAUGCACUACCUGUACUUUUCUACUUUAGUUAUUUUAUGUAGCUUAUUUGAAGGGGGAAUUCAUUGCACUAUCACAGCUAAUGGAGCUGCUGUGUCUACUGCUGAGCGCAAACCUAACCAUACACCCCCCAAGUUAAGAAACAGGGACAGAGAGAAAGAGAGAGCGAAAGAGAGAGUUAGAAAGAGAGGCCAGUGAGAAAGAGAAGGUUCCUAAAAGAAAUGGAUGAGUUCUAUGCUACUAAGAUUGAUGCUGGAUACAAUUUUAUUGUCAUACAAAAAAGGGAAAAAAAUAUCAAGAACUGUAUAAAAUAUAUUUCAAUGGAAUGUUUAUUAUUUACCUUUUAUAUUUUUGAAAUGUAUAAAGAAAAAAAAAGAAGAAUCUGUAAUAAUUUAACAGAGUUGUGAAAACGGAGACUUAAAAAUCAUUAUAUUAUUAAAAGUAUGGAAGUUUGAACGUGAAUGCUAACCUACCUGAUCAAAUCUUCUCCAUUACAGAUAAGAAAUAAAUAAAUAAAAACAAUUAGAAAAAAUGAAAUCCAAUUUAAAAAGAAAAAGUUAUCAAAAAGUCAAUAAAAAUGUUAAAAGCUCAUGCCAAAAUUUUCAA